AUGGACAUCUCCCAAUCUCCGGGAAUCACAAUUCACCUCAGCCCUGCCCAGAUCUUCAUCGUUGCAGGUCUAUUGGGCGCUGGACGACUCUUCUCACAGCUUGCACGGCAUCUCCUUUUCCGACGUACUCAACUCACAGUAAAGAGCGCGAAGCAUGGCGGCGAGUCUCUGUUUGCUCCAGUGGUCACUUCCUCGUACACUCCUCUGCUUGAUAUUGAUUACAAUUUGCACAAGUCCAACAGCACUUUUUUCAAUGACCUCGACGACAACCGCACCGAACUUAUGCUUGCCCUUUUCAAAGAUGUCGUCCAGCCCCUAGCUCGUGGCAAAGAAACACUGAAGCCCAAGAUGUUCAACCUUGGUGGAACCUCGUGCAUUUUCAAGAAGGCCAUUCCCCCUUUUGCGCAUUACGAAAUCUCCUCGCGUGUUCUCUGCUGGGAUGAGAAAUGGAUUUACGUCGUUAGUCACUUCACAAAAUCAGGCUCGAAUAAACCGACGCGCUUCCUAGUUAGUCCACCAGCAGCGAAGGCAUCACCGUUCUCAGACACAAAGAAAUUUGGUGACCAACAAGAUCGAAUCUACGCUACCGCUAUCACAAAGUACGUCUUCAAAGCAGGUCGCGUGACUUGCCCGCCUGAGUCUGUCAUGUUAGAGUGUGGCCUGUUUCCGUCUAAGCCUUCCUCGGAACAGACACAAGGAUUUGAGAACAUUACUGCAAACGCGAAGAAGGAGCGCGACUGUCACUGGUCAUGGGAAGAGGUUCAAAAUGAGUGUCAGAAACAUUUGGAGUUGGCGCAAAACUUCGGGAGUCUCGACCAGCUACAUGGGGCGUUCAUCGGGAGAUCAGGGCCUGCGAUGUACACCUACUGAAACCAAACGUAAUAUUGCAUAUUUAGAGAUGGG